GGAUAAACCGGGCCGUUUCGGCAGCCCCCUUCCCUGGUUUGGGGUAUUUUCGUGCUCCUUUCCACCUUCGCCGGCAUAAGGCGAUUUCCGAGAGCCGUCAGCGAGUACCGGGCCGCUCGCAGGCUGGCGAGCGGUCGGGGGGGGGGGGCGGGGGUGUUAUGAACUGCAGGGUGCUGGAGGGUUUGGUGCAGGAGAGCGACUUCAUGAUCACAGCAAAAGUCUGGCCCUAGCAAGAGCCGACUUUGGGGCACCAGUUGUGAGUCUUAUCGUUCCACCCGAUUUCUCUGCAGUUGGGUUGCUUGUCAUGAAUAAAAAUGUUCAUGCAAAGGGGUUUGGAUUCACAAACUAAAAAACAACUAGAAGAAGAAGAAAAGAAGAUAAUUAGUGAAGAACACUGGUAUCUUGAUUUACCAGAUCUAAAGGAGAAAGAGAGCUUUAUAAUAGAAGAGAGGAGCUUUAUGCCAUGUGAGGAUCUACUUUAUGGCAGAAUGUCCUUCAAAGGAUUCAAUCCUGAAAUCGAGAAGUUAAUGAUCCAGAUGAACUCUAAAUGCAAGGAAGAAGAAAUUGAAGUGGAUGAUAAAAUGGAGGCUGAUGUGUCGGAUGAAGAAAUGGCCAGAAGAUAUGAAACGUUAGUGGGAACAGUGGGGAAGAAAUUCUUGAGAAAGAGAGACCAGCAUGUACUCCAGGAUGAAGAUGACGAUGAAGAUGGGAAUAGUAACACAAGACCUAGCAAAAAAGUUAAGAAAAAGUUCUUAAAACCUCAGGAUUAAUGUCAACUGCACAACUGGAGCUAAUAGAAAUGUUAUCUACCAAAUACAGUACCGCAAACUGGAGAUUGGAGUUUUUGCUAUUUAGUGUAAAGGAUAGAUUUGUAAAUAUGAGUCUGUUCUCGUUGAAAUUUCUACCAUCCACGUGACAAACGUUUUUCAGAGUGGAUGUGCGUAUAAUGGAUGUCAUACAUCCCUUCCUCUCAGCAGCGUUUAAUGUGUGGGGCACUAAUACCAUCAGUCUUUUUAAAUGUUGUGCAUAACUAUGUUGAGUGUCACAUGCAGUCAAGAGCAACAUUAUUUACAAUUUAUGAUAACAUCUGAAAGAAGUAUUUGGAGUAAAGAUGAGCUUUGUCCAAUGCAGUAAGGCAGUUCAGCUUUCAUUUUUUUUUUAUUAUGAAAAUUAAAACCUUUAUGUCUUCAGAUUGAAAAACA